AUGUGUGCUAGUGUGAGUGGACGCUACGCUGUCUUCGUCAUCUGGUUUGUAGCAACAACUUCCUAUCAUGCUGGUAAGAUUAACGGAGCCGAGUUUUGUUCUACUGCGCACUCAAUCCAAGCUGAACAAUUUAUUUGCAACUGUGCACCACCACCCAAAUUUAGCCUGUCGUCCCCUCCGAACUGUACAUGUACAGCAGGAGCAGAAGAAGCUACCACAAAGGGCUUUGCCACUGAAGACUUGAGAACAUUAUAUUCGAGUACAUUUUAUGAAGUCACCGCUGUGUCGUCAGUAUUAGAAACAGAAAUAGAAAUGUGGUCGACAUCGACCGCUCAGAUGCCAACAGUGGAUUCGUCAACAGCAAAGAACAAUGUAAGUAAUAGCAUAUGUCAUGCUCCAAGAAACCGACCAAGCAAAACAAUGACGUGUACCUGUACAACACCUCCACUGAAAUUUGAUCUUCUGCAUCCGUCAAUGCUGAAAUAUACAACUACAGAAUUCCCCGAAACUACAGAAGGUAUUGUCACGACGAUCGGUAUAUCUGUUUCUGAGCUUAUGGCUGAACUAAUCACUUCACAAAUAUUGUCAGAUACCCAGAGCACACCACAUGAGACAACUGACAAAUCAGCAAGAUAUUCCACAGAACAAGCUACAACCACUGCCACUACAACAGAAGAAGCUUUCACGACUAGUGCUAUAUCUACACCAAUUGUUUCUGAAAUCAUAACUAAACUAACCACUUCAAAAAUAUUGUCAGAUACCCAGAGCACGCCAUAUGAGACAACUGACAAAUCAGCAAGAUAUUCCACAGAACAAGCUACAACCACUGCCACUACAACAGAAGAAGCUUUCACGACUAGUGCUAUAUCUACACCAAUUGUUUCUGAAAUCAUAACUAAACUAACCACUUCAAAAAUAUUGUCAGAUAUCCAGAGCACGCCACAUGAGACAACUGACAGAUCAGCAAGAUAUUCCACAGAACAAGCUACAACCACUGCCACUACAACAGAAGAAGCUUUCACGACUAGUGUUGUAUCUACACCAAUUGUUUCUGAAGUCAUAACUAAACUAACCACUUCACAAAUAUUGUCAGAUACCCGGAGCACGCCACAUGAGACAACUGACAAAUCAGCAAGAUAUUCCACAGAACAAGCAACAACCACAAACACUACAACGGAAGGUGUCGGCACAACGAUCAGUACGUCUACAUCAGUUGUUCCUGAAAGCAAAACAGAACAGUCCACAACUGAAAUGACCACGUCACAAACAUUGUCACCUACCCUUGACACAACAAUAAUAGGAUAUACAACACAGAUUGAUGGCGUGACAAAGCAUAAAGAUCAGACUACAAUGUCAGAUACUACAAGCCAAGACAUGCACACUACUACACCCACGAGAUCUACCGAAGAAGUAGAAAAGCCUUCUACAGCGUACAGUGUGACAACUGAUGACCGAAAACUAUCCACAAUAACGUCUAGUACUCCAUCAACACAGACUACAAUACUUACAACACAGGGUAUAAUGCUUGACAAAACAAUGUUGGGCGUGCAACGGUCAACAAUAGAGUCACUAACGGAUACAACGUCACCAGAAAUCAAAACUGACAGAUCUGAUGCAAAGACAAUCAAAUAUACAAAGGCGUUACCUGACGUAUAAACACUCCGGCGACAAGC